GUCAAUUAUAUACCGGUAGUCACCUUUAAUAUUGUACACCAACGCAUACAGGUAAACGUCAGCUGGUCAACUAUAGCUAGCUCACGAGAUACUUGAAUGAAUGGUAUAUCUAGACUACGUACAUACUGACAAGCAGCCUUUGUAACCGGUGUUCCGUGACGGGCAUUUGUACUGAACCGAGUGAACCAGACUGUGACGUCACUUCAGUCAGGGUUGUGACGAUGCGAUGAACUGACUGACAGGCCCAGGCCUGUAAGGUCAUUCAGUCAGCUGUCAUCCGAGAGAAAGCACACGCCGAGCUUGCAGAUUUUACAUUAGGAGAGGGUUGAGAAACUGCGAAAUGACGCUGGAUUUUCCAUCCCGGUACACGUCGGUGGAGUACCCUUUUGGGUUCUACGUCCUCAACUACACAUCCCGUAUUCUCACGGCUCAAGACGAACGUUCGGGGAAUAAAGUCGACCUCCAGGUGGUUCCAGUCUACACCGACGACAUCGUGAGCAUGAGAAACAUCCUGUGUGAGUUGGAAACCAGAGGAAAACUCAAGCACAAAAAUUUACUCUCUUGGACGCACCUUUUCGCCUUCAAGAACGAGGAUAACCCAAUUCCUUCGCUGUGCCUGUCUUUCCCAUCAUCCUCUUUGACUCUGCUCGAUAUGAUCGGUUACUUUCCGGUGUGUCCAUGGCCCCUGACCCACGACAAGGUCGCCUGGAUGGGCUACCAACUGGUCUCUGUCCUGCAUUACCUACACUGCUGCAAACAGGUGGUGCUUCAUCUUCCACUCAGGAACAUCCACGUGUCCAUGGAUGGCAAGUACGACAUCCAGCUUCAGGACUUCGGCUGGAAAUACCCAUGUUUUAGGGACACCGUAGUUGAUGAUGAUUUAAGGCAGUGUCGCCGCUUCAGCUACAAGUGGAACGGAUUCAGCGUUCUGGCACCGGAAGUACUUGCACAUGCAUCAUCUAUUAGCACUUCCGCUGACAUGUGGAACUUUGGUUGUGUGUUAGCAAUGUUGCUAACGAGAGCCAGUCUGCUUGAAGAGUAUCCUAAACCCAUCCUCUGCUCCCCCGGCGAAGAGAGUAUGCGAAUGGCGGGCGAAUAUCUUGGAAAAGCCCCUGCAGAAUUCCUAUCGACGUUGCAGGAAGACAAGAAAUGUUUCUUCUCAAGUUCACGACCAUCUAAGAAACCACUAGACUCGUUGUUGUUACCGGAAGUCCACGAUAUUCCAACAGGUCCGGAGAAUUCUUCCUCGUCCACCAAAAACGCCAGUGAUUUGAUAGCACGUCUUUUAGCGUAUCCAUCAGAACGUAUGACGUCAGAGGAAGCGAUGUCACACCCUUACUUUGCGCCAUUCUUCUCUGAGACAGACGUUCGUGAGAAUAUAGACAACGCCAUUGACGUACCCGCCGUUCGGACGUCUGUGGACAACGUGGACGCGCAGGAGUGCGCUGUGAGAUUACACCGAAGCGUUGCCUUUCACGAACUCCAACAUCCCCUUGAACUUUACUCCCUACAAGAUAUUUGUAUACGGACCAUAGAGAGCUCACACUGCCUAGCUGGUGUUAAAAAAAUGAUCUAUCCUAGACCACUGGUAGAGAGAAUCGUUGAAGGCGCGGAGUCAUUAACAAGCAAAGGAAGUUGAUGAUUGUGUUUGCCUAGUGUUUUUAUAUCUUUCUUCAUACACAUAUACAGAAUCUCUCUCUGGCAAGAAAUGCUCAUUUUGUGAAUCUGCUGGCAUCUAACUGUGGUCUGUGAUGUAUUCCAUUCCCAUCUCUCUCAGGUUCUCCAUUUUGCUGGUGCUCUUUACGGACCAGUUAGCGAACAGUGUAUUCGUUGUAUAUAUUACAAAUACAUGCAUACAUGUGAAAUCCAUUCUUUAUUAAGCUCUCUGGUGUAUAUAGCACAUUCUUAAACAUAUUUUGACUAUCGCGUUAUACCCCUUACAUUGUUCAUUCUGAAAAGAAUCUCUAGCUGGCUGGGAAGACCACUACUACCAUCAGCUGGCAUAAACUCAGGGACUUGAAGUUUUUGAUGACCAUUUUAAACAACAUCAGAACAUCUGCCCACCCAACGUCUUUCACUAGUGAUAAAGUGGCACUAGUUAUUUGCAAAGUAUCUCUUAGCAAUAUUAGACUGUUCUUUGACCGAUGUAAUCAAAAUGGGUUAUCAUAUAUGUCUAUAUACAUACCGCUUGUAAAACAAGCAGUGAUAAAUUGUCAAGCAAUUAUUAUCAGUAAUCCUUUUAACCACUACUUUGGGGUGUUUUGCUAAAUGCCUCGAGUGUAUAUAGGAUUAGAACAAGCAAAAAAAUGUUAUAUCCUUUAUCUUAUCCACCCUUUCCUAAAGUUACGCCAGAACGAAUUUAGAGAUAUUGACUGAAUUCGAGCGUAAAUGUGCCUUGCCAUACCGGCUUUGCAUUGUUGGCUUCAUAUGUAUACAACGAAUAUAUAAAGUAAGCAGUGCUAUAUAGUGUAUGUAAAGAAAUUCAGGUGCCGUCCUCUUUGCCCCAGAGUAUACGUAUAUCCCCGCAUUUUAUGAAACGUCUUUUAAAGACUUCAGCUAAUCAUACAACGCUAUACUCGAGAGUUGUUGAGUAGUCCUGGUUAUUGAAUUACCACUCAGAUUUGUAUAAAGAAGGAGCAAUAUAAUUAUUUGGGAUUUAAAUGUUGAAGCAGAAAGUCACCCGACAUCUGUAUGUGAAUUCGUCGUGCCAUCCUCGAUUUUAGUCUUAGUUAAUUUAUUUAAUAAUCCCCAAGUGAAUUCGCCUCGCUACCUAAUGUCAGUCUUUAGCCGUAGUUAAAUAUAUAUAUGUUCCUAAAGUGAAUUCGUUGUGCCAUCUACGUCGGUCUUUAGCCUUAGUUAAUUCUGUAUAAUCCCCAAGUGAAUUCGUCGUGCCAUCCAAGAUGUAUUUAAAUUAUUAAUAUCCACCUGUAUGUGUAAAUAUUUUCAAUGAACUAUUUGGUUAAUUGUUUUCGUUUUUCUUUGAACAAUAAACAGAAAAUUUUUAU